UGAAUCUAUCAAUCAUAUUAUAGCUAACAACUGUAUCGAAAAAGAGUACUGAAAAACUACUAAUUAACAAUAUUGUCUUCUUAGAAACAAUACAAAUAAAAAUAACAUUGCAAUAUUGUCGCAGGCCUAUUGCAGAUGUGAUGUGGUCAUUAACAAACAACAUUUUGUAGAUAGGCUAAUUCUGACCAAAGGGCUAACAUUUAAUAGUAAAGCAUAAUUUUCAUUUGAAAACAGUUUUUAAAUUAUUCUGCGUGUGAUAUAUCAUAUGUGACAUAGAAAUAGGUAUGUUGCAGUGUUGGCCUUUGAAAUGUUUUCCCUAAAAUGACGUAAUCUAUGCAUUUGCUAUUCUGCUGUAGGUUACUGCCGGCAGGGCUCAAGGGCGGGACUAGGCGACAUGUUUUGCAAAUCACGUGACUGUGCCUUAACAAAUCAACAAUUACCUUGGCUUUGUUCUUCAGGGGUAACUAAAACGGUUGUAAGAAUAGUUAGGACGCGCGCCUUAGAAAUGUGUGAGCAUAAUCUUCUCAGUUCUGGCUAUGUUAGUCCUCUACUGAAUUUUCCCUCUCCAGACGCCUUGCAUUUCUCAAAUUUGCGUGGCAAUGGAGCCCAACAUUCCGGCCUCCCGCAGAUCUACGGCAGGAGAGAGGUGUGCUCGCUCCCGUGGACUUCCCGGAGUUCGUGCACAACCCCGCCACAGACCCGCGCCUUUAGUGAUAACUCUCAGCGUUUCCUCACUAACCCAGUGACUGUGACUACCAGCACUCAAAACCACAGCAAGAGUCCGCUGGGGGACUUCAGUAAAUGCUACUUUCAGGAUGCAAACCACAAACCAGAGGUGCCGGAUAGUCAAAUGACAGCGUUCGUCGGUGAACAUGGAAUCACAGUUCCCGCAGGCUCUACCAAAUAUGAAGUUUCAGGCUUGGACAGACGGUUGCAAAACAUGGUGACACAAGCCGAGGUGAAUUCAAAUAGCCAAGCAAUAAUUGAUGGCAUUAAAGAGUCGGUACACGCCAUUGUCCCAGUUCAGACCUCAUCGAGUUCUCAGAACACCAGAACAGCCUUUUCCGAUGGAGUACCGUGGGGGCCUACACAAAUUAAAGCAAGAAAGAAGAGGAAACCUUACACGAAGCCACAACUGGCUGAACUUGAGAAUGAAUUUAUGAUGAACGAAUUCAUAAAUCGGCAAAAACGGAAGGAACUCUCGGACAGACUGGACUUGAGUGAUCAACAAGUCAAGAUCUGGUUUCAGAAUCGCAGGAUGAAAAAGAAAAGACUGUUAAUGCGCGAGCAUGCAUUUACCAUGUACUGAAAAAUCAAGGUUAUGGUGUUCGUGACCUCUUCCACUUAGCAAUGAUUUACUUGAGUGAUUUAAGUAGUUAAUUGCAUCCGAAACCUUUAAGAUAAAAUUCCAUUGUAAGGAUAUGGAUAUUUAUUUGCAGGCGAUUUAUUCCAGUACAGCUUGUAGGUUUUCAGUUGGUCAUGAAAACACUGAUUCUUCGCAUCAGGCCUGUUAACUUUUCGGCUUUUAAUGUAAAUGUUGAUUAACUGCAGAUCACAUCACAUAUUGAAUUAAAAUGCAAAUAACACACAACAGUUCUAAUAAUUUCUUGAAAACACUUUUAGAAGUUUUCUUGAAAACACUUUUUUUUUGGGGGGGGGGGGGGUUUGUGAUUUUGUUGUGUUUUAUUUUCAAGACGAAAAUUAGAACUAUUUAUAAGAUCUAAUGUGAAUCCUGGAUUGUGUGCUAUAUGUUGAUUUUAUGAGAUUCCUUGUUUUUGACCUGUACGUGUGUUACUGAAAAUGAAUAACGGAUAGACGAGCGUUAGCUUUGUGUGUCUAAGAUCAGGUUCGUUUAUGUCGAUGGAAUUUCGGGUGAAAUCUGAAAUCAGGGACUCUCACACCUUAUACAUCACGUAGCAUAUAGAUAACCUCAUUUACAUAAAAUUGGAUUAGAACACAUUUAUUCUAAAAGGCCUGAUUUAAGUCUUACAUAGGAAUGCAACUUGUCAUAUCUUCAGAGUUACCUCUACAGUGUCACUGAAAAGAACUGUAAUUUUUGGAAUUACCUCAAUUUAUGAAACUGAUUAAAUAUAAAAAGAUACGGU